GCGCCGCGCACCAUGCCGCGCAAGGAGCUGCCGCUGCCCGCGGGCUGGGAGGCGGCGCGGGACUACGACGGCAAGGUCUAUUACAUCGACCACGGCAGCCGCACCACCAGCUGGGUCGACCCUCGCGACAGGUACACUAAACCACUGACCUUUGCAGACUGCAUUAGUGACGAAUUGCCGUUAGGAUGGGAAGAAGCUUACGACCCUCAGGUYGGAGUGUAUUAUAUAGACCACAACACCAAAACAACCCAGAUCGAGGAUCCCCGUGUGCAGUGGCGGCGGGAGCAGGAGCACAUGCUGAAAGACUAUCUUGUCCUGGCUCAAGAGGCAAUUGCUGCGCAGAAGGAGAUCUAUCAAGUGAAACAGCAGCGGCUUGAAUUGGCCCAGCAGGAAUAUCGGCAGCUGCACGAUGUUUGGGAGCACAAGCUGGGCUCUCAGACUAGUUUGCUCUCUGGCUCGUCAUCCAGCUCUAAGUAUGACCCGGAGAUUCUCAAAGCGGAGAUUGCCACUACAAAAUCCAGGGUUAAUAAACUCAAGAGAGAGGUAGCUCACAUGAAACAAGAACUCCAGUACAAAGAACAUGGAUUUCAAACGCUGAAAAAAAUUGACAUGAAAAUGUCUGAUACUCAAGGUGGCUACAAACUUGAUGAAGCGCAAGCCAUCUUAAGUGAAAUGAAAGCCAUCAAGAAGGCUAUCACUUCAGGGGAGAAGGAAAAACAAGACCUCAUUCAGAGCUUAGCCAGGUUGAAAGACAGCUUCGUGAAUGACAGAGGAUCGCAGCCAGACGCGUGGGCCAGCAGCGUGUCCUUGGAGAGCUCCAGCCCUUCGUUACCCAGRCGGUACCUGGAUGUCAGCUCCCAGACGGAUGUUUCGGGAAAUUUUAUUUCAAGCAGCAGUAACCAAUUGGCUGAGAAAGUGAGAUUACGCCUCCGCUACGAAGAAGCAAAGAGAAGGAUAGCAAACCUGAAAAUCCAACUGGCCAAGCUGGACAGCGAGGCGUGGCCCGGCGUGCUGGAUUCUGAGCGGGACCGACUCAUCCUAAUUAAUGAGAAGGAGGAACUCUUGAAAGAAAUGCGAUUUAUUAGCCCCAGAAAAUGGACUCGAGGUGAGGUGGAGAGACUGGAGACGGAGAGAAAGCGCUUGGAGGAAGAUCUUCAGACAGCGAGAGACACUCAGAGCAAAGCUCUCACUGAGAGGUUGAAGCUGAAUAGCAAAAGAAAUCAACUAAUCCGAGAACUGGAGGAAACAACACGAUUAGUUGCCAUGUUACACACCCAGCUGAAAAGUCUCUCUACCAGCAUGCUUUCCCUCUCCUCGAGCAGCAGCCCCGGUUCCCUUGCAUCUAGCAGAGGAUCUCUUGCCACGUCCAGCCAGGAUUCUUCCACCUCGGCCAGUUACACGGAUCUUUACUACGAGCAAAUGGAACAGUUGGAGCAGUUGGACCCGGACUAUCAAAACAAAAUUGACUUGCUCUUAGAAGGAGCCACUGGAUUUAGACCGUCAGGCUACAUCACCACUAUUCACGAAAACGAGGUAGCCAAAACUCACCAAGCGGACGCCACCGGCCGCAUCCCAGCUCUGAGAUCGUUGUCCGGUACCCCCAAAUCGAUGACAUCGCUGUCCCCGAGGUCCUCUCUGUCUUCUCCGUCUCCGCCGUGUUCUCCACUGGCGAUAGACCCGCUUCUAACCGGAGAUGCCUUUUCAAGCCAUAUGGAUUUUGAUGACGCGGAGAUAAGCACAAAUCUCUCGGAACUCACCCUCAAUGUUGGGAGCGGCAACUACAGGCUGGAGGAGCCUAGAGCAGGAGAUAAACAUCUAGGUCAAGGCAUAAACCCAGCCGGAGGGCCAGCCCCGAGGGUGGCGUGCGUGUCUGCUGCGGUAUCCGAUGAGUCUGUCGCUGGGGACAGCGGGGUGUAUGAGGCAUCCGUGCAAAGACCCUGUGUGUCAGAAACGGUGUUUGACAGCGACGAUACUGAAGCGGUUGGGACUGCUAAAGUACAAAUUGCAAUGAGGUUUGAUGACAAAAAUAAACAAUUUGUCAUACUCAUCAUUCAGCUGAGUAAUGCUCCGGCCCUGAUGCUACCACAAGAUCAGAAAGUGAACAUUCGCGUGGCUGUUCUUCCCUGUUCGGAAAGCACGAGCUGCUUGUUCCGCACCAAACCGGUGGAGGCUUCCGACCACCUCGUGUACAACGAAGCCUUCUGGGUUCCGAUUUCCUACCCUGCCUUACGCCAGAAGACUUUAAGAGUUGAUGUUUGCACUGUAGAUAAAUCUCACCUUGAAGAAUGUCUGGGCGGCACGCAGAUUAGCCUGGCCGAAAUAUGUAGGUCCGGAGAGAAAUCGACCCGUUGGUACAACCUUCUUAGUUACAAAUACCUGCAGAAGCAAAACAGGAAAAAUAAACAAGGAAACAUUCAUUCUGAAGUAUCCUGCACUGGAAAAACAGACUCCGUGUCGGCGCUCUUGGAGCGCACGGCUGUCCAACUGGAGGCUGUGGAGAAGAAGCUGGAGGAGAGCAGAAGCACUUUAACUAGCGGGGAAAGCUGGCAAGAUGAAGAGGUUCCUGAGCAGGACGAGACCAGUGAAAAUGAGGCAGAGGAGGAGGAAGAAUUUUGUGCUGAGAAAUCACUGUGGGAAACGGAAGAAAGUCUGGAUUCCCAACCGGACCCGGAGAUGUCGGUGAAGGUGGAUAAGGAGACCAAUACCGACAGCCCCGCGCAGUCUUCUACUGUAGUUCGUCCGAAAGACAAAAGAGCAGCAAAUCCCCCGCAGACGCCCUUUGUCAGAGGCAGCGCCAUCAUCCGCUCCAAAACGUUUUCUCCGGGACCCCAAAGUCAGUAUGUGUGUCGGCUGAAUCGCAGCGAUAGCGACAGCUCGACCCUCUCCAAAAAGCCCCCCUUCGUUCGCAAUGCCAUGGAGAGACGAAGCGUCAGAAUGAAACGGCCUUCGAUUAAGUCUUUCAGUACAGAGCGUCUCAUCCGCACUUCCCUAGACCUGGAGCUGGACCUGCAGGCGUCGAAAACUCGGCACGACCGGCUAGUGCAAGAGAUCUCUGUGCUUAAGGAACUCAAGGAGCAGCUGGAACAAGCUCAGAGCCGAGGCGAGAAGGAAUUGCCACAGUGGGUGAAGGACGACGAGAGAUUUCGGCCGCUGCUGAGAUUAGUGGAGAAACGAGCUGAAAAAACGGAACACGGGUGCGAUCUGAAAGCCGAUAAGAUGAUGCGAGCGGCUGCCAAGGACGUGCACAGGCUCCGAGGACAGAGCCGCAAGGAGCCUUUGGAAGUGCAGUCCUUCAGAGAGAAAAUGCUGUUUUUCACGCGGCCGAGGAUGAACGUGGCGACGCUCUCCGCGGACGAUGUGUGAUCACCGUCAAGUAUUUGUUUCUUGGGACCAUUCCACAGAUGCGGUUUGUUUCUUGCAGUUAUUUAUGUGGUAUGAUGAAGGUACYGAGGCGUUUGUACAUUAGAGCUUUUGUCAGUAUGUGGAUGUUUUAAAGAUUUUUAGCUUAAAAGUUAUAUCACCACAGAAACCAGCAUUCAAGUGACGAGAUUGUAUAGUUUGUAUAUUUAGGAAGGUAUUUUUGGGAAAUAAUAGACUUUUAAAUAAGAACAAACACAGCGUCAGGUGCUGUUAUUCCUCAGUAAUGCUGCUUAGACCUUUUGUACGGCUCGGCCUUGUAGAGGCGUUUCCUGCAAUAAGGCACGUGC